AUGGUUGGCGGCUUGUGUGCUCGCAGGUUGGCCCGCCGGUCGCGGUCCGCCCUGAUAGCAGCCCUCACGGUGCUGCUGGUGCAGACGCUGAUUGUGUGGAACUUCAGCAGCCUCGACUCCGGCGAAGACAGGAGAAACGGAGGCUCCAGCGAGCGGGAGAAGAGGGACCGGGUCGCGGGCAACAAAGCCGCUGGCAGCGACUAUUUCCAGCACGGGGUCCGGCAGCAGCAGCAGCGGCGGCAGCAUCUUCCUCCGCCUGGGAGGGGGACGUCUCGCCACAUACAGCAGCCGGAUGGAUAUUAUUCCCACCGGCCAAAGGAGAAAAAUAGAGUCGACAGCAACAACGAGAACUCUGUGCCCAAAGAUUUUGAAAACAUAGACAAUAGUAACUUUGGUGCGCGCUCGCAGCCACACCGGCAGUCCGUAGGUGCCACCAGCAGCAAGCAGCAGCGGGAGCAUCUGCAGGAGAAAGCCCACGCCCAGCAGCAGGCCUGGCGGGACAACCCCCCCAGUCUGGGCCGCAGCUCGAACGAAGUGCUGCCUGUAGGCCACCAGCCGCUGGCGGUCGGCAACAAUGCCUCCUACCCAGGUGGUCAGGGCGUUGUGGGACACCCCCACAGGAGGCAGCCAACUGCAGCACCGCUGGAGGUGACCUACGACCAGCCACCCAAGUGCGAGAUCAGUGGGAAGGAAGCCAUUUCAGCUCUCUCCAGGGCCAAGAGCAAGGAGUGCCGGCAACAGAUCGCGGAGGUGUACUGCAGACACAAGGAAGGGCAGCUAAUGCCUGAGAAGGUCACUCGCUACUGCCCCCUUGAGGGUAAAGCCAAUGUGAAUGUCCAGUGGGAUGAAGACUCUGCUGAGAGCUUUCCAUUAAAACCAGUGAGAAUAGCAUUUGUCCUUGUGGUCCACGGACGAGCCUCUCGCCAGUUUCAGCGCCUCUUCAAAGCCAUCUACCACACCUCGCACUACUACUACAUACAUGUUGAUCAGCGCUCCAAUUACCUGCACAGGCAGGUGCAGGCGUUGGCUGCUCAGUAUCCCAAUGUGAGGGUGACACCCUGGCGUAUGGCCACCAUCUGGGGUGGUGCCAGCCUGCUGACCAUGUAUCUUCGCAGCAUGGCUGACUUACUGGCCAUGAGGGACUGGAGCUGGGAUUUCUUCAUCAACCUCAGUGCUGCUGACUACCCCAUCAGGACCAAUAACCAGCUGGUGGCCUUCCUGUCCAAAUACAGAGACAUGAACUUCAUCAAGUCCCAUGGCAGGGACAACGCCAGGUUUAUACGUAAGCAGGGUCUGGAUCGGCUGUUCUACGAGUGCGACACCCACAUGUGGAGGCUGGGUGAUCGUAAAAUCCCAGAAGGCAUCUCGGUGGACGGGGGCUCCGACUGGUUCCUUCUCAACCGCAUGUUUGUGGAAUAUGUCAUCAACUCCAAGGACGACCUGGUCACCAACAUGAAGCGCUUCUACGCCUACACUCUGCUGCCUGCCGAGUCGUUCUUCCACACAGUGCUGGAGAACAGUGCCUACUGUGAGAGCAUGGUGGAUAACAACCUGCGCAUCACCAAUUGGAAUCGUAAACUUGGCUGUAAGUGCCAGUACAAACACAUCGUGGAUUGGUGUGGAUGCUCCCCCAAUGAUUUCAAGCCUUCAGAUUUCCACCGCUUCCAGCAAACAGUGCGACCCACCUUCUUUGCCAGGAAGUUUGAAGCCAGCGUGAACCAGGAGAUAGUGAACCAGCUGGACGCCUACCUGUUUGGAUCGUUUCCCCAGGGAACGCCGGCGCUAAACUCAUACUGGGAGAACGUGUACGACGAGCCAGAUGGCGUGGCCAGCCUGUCAGACACGCAACUCACGUACUACCACUCCUUCUCACGUCUGGGCCUGGCCAGGGCCGCCGCCUCACUGCAGGGAAACCCAAAGGAUCACAGCUGCAGGUACUUCCCCAUGGGCCACCCAGUGUCAGUGCAUGUCUACUUCCAGUCAGACCAGUUCCAGGGCUACCUGGUCAAGCACCAUGCCACCAAUCUGGCCACUAGCAAGCUGGAGACUAUGGAGACCUGGGUGGCACCCAAGAAGAACUUCAGGAUAACCACCCCUCCCACCAGCACAUUCAGCAGGUUGCAGUUCGCAGAGAUCGGCACAGAGUGGGACGCCAAAGAACGUAUGUUCAGAAACUUUGGCGGCUUAAUGGGCCCCAUGGACGAGACAGUGGGCAUGCAGAAGUGGAGUAAGGGGCCUAACGUCACUGUCACAGUCGUGUGGAUCGACCCCACCAACGUCAUCGCAGCCACCUAUGACAUUCUGAUCGAUGCCAGCGCCGAAUUCACCCACUACCGCCCGCCUCUGAACCAGCCUCUGCGACCGGGAGUGUGGAGCGUCCGCAUCCUGCACCACUGGAGUCCUGUGGCUGAGAUGAACUUCCUUAUUGCCCCUCUGUCGUACAACAAACACCAGCCCAUAAGACAAGAGGAUGCUCUGAAGCUCCACAACGGGCCAGCAAAGAACAGCUAUAUGGAGCAGAGUUUCCAUGGCCUCAACCCAGUUCUCAACAUCCCUGUCAGCCUGGGAUACGUGGAGCAGGCCAAAAGGAAUGCAGCGCUGACCAGCCCAGAGCUCGAUCUUUGGCUAGACAGCCUGGUGGGUGAGCUGUGGGAAGCGGCUGACGUCUGCGCCGUGGGCCCUACCGCCUGUCCUGUCAUGCAGGCCUGUUCCAAGAACCCUUGGAGCUCUCUGAGCCCAGACCCCAAAUCCCAGCUGGGAGCACCGCGUGCAGACGGGCGCAUCAGGUAGCAGCGAGGCCUCCAGCUGGACGGGAGGUCACGGCACACGAGAUUCACUGCUGAUUUUUAUUUAUUUAAUGGGUUUAAUGCAGGUGGGGAAAGGAAAAGUGUUCUUCCUCUGUCUCUGGAUAAGAAGAAAACAAAAGAAAAAGUGGAUUUUUUUUGGAGGUUGGUGAGGGUGUCUGGACAGAAAGCAAGAAGAAUGAUUUUCAGAUCCUCCCACGGGGUUCCUCCUUUUAGGGGAUUAUGCUGGCUUUGCUAUUUCAGUUUCUCAGUGUAUUUAUUUUUCUUCUCAUGGCUGAGUUUUACUGUGAUCAAACGUUGCAAUUUUCGAGCAUCUAUUUUGCUGCUGAAUGAAUUAUGAAGUCAGCUUUUAAAGCCCUGCACGGGGCACAGCGGUCAUGUGAGUGUGGAUUGUCGACACUGGUGGCAGACUAAGAUCUGCUGCAAUAAGGCCUUAGAUGUAACACAUACAGUAUUUGAGGAGGUGGCCUGGUACUGAAUUAAAUGUGCCUCCUUAAAGUUUAUGUCAGCAUAAACAAAAUGAGAUGAUAUCUGAGUGUUCAGAUUAACCCAAAAUGUCAAAAAGAUUAUUUUGAUAUGACUCAGAUACAGCAACAUUGAAAGCAAGUCUCCCAAUUAUGAAGAAACUUUGAACAACAAAUAUUUUAACAUUAUUAAAGCCAAUUACUUCAAACCUCUGAGUUUCUGAUAGUGACUCUGUCUGUAAAUCAGUAGAAUAAAUCAGUAACAGCAGCACAACUUCCUUCAGUUCAGUGCCUGAUCAGGAUGUGAAACUGUUGUGACAUCUGCUGCUGUCACAUUUGGUGUAUAUGAAAGAAAGACAAAUACAAAUACAGAGGCCUUCUCAGCAUAUUUACAACUAUUUGGACUACAAUAGAAGUUAAAUGUAGACAUAUUAGCAUUCUAAAUUCAUAAACGCUUCAUUUGUGGUCAUUGUACAAUAGUAUAUUUAGACUUAACAUUGAAAUAGUGUAGAUUUCUUUAAUAAAACCCAGAUGUUGUGACAGGCAGAGGACAAAGAGAGACUUGUUUUGUCUUGUUUUUCUUUUUUCUUUUUUCUUUUUUUUUUUUUUUUUUUUUUUACCAAACUGCCUCAAACUUGAAACACGGUUAUCUCAAACUGACCUUAAAAUUCUCAUCCUUCUAUUCAGUAUCAUCUUUUUUUUCUAGUCAUUUCAAUGAUUCUUAAUGUUGUACAUAAUUAUACAAGAAGUCUCAAAAAUUGUGUGAAUGAGGGGGGGUGAGUCCAUGAGUCGCUAUUUAUUUAUAAGUUUAUAUUAAUACUGAUAUUUUUAGUCAGUGACUAAAUAACUGCGACGCUGCCUUGGCAGCAUGAUAAAUAUUUUUUUGUAAAGAAAGCCGCCUUUAUUUACAAAGGCCAACACCCCAAACUUAUACUGUACCUUUUUAUGGCCCGCACUUGUGUGUUAGUCAGUGUUGUCCUGUCUGAAUAGAUCUUCUUGUCUCGGUUUCUUACAUGGCUGUUUGCCAAGUGCAUCACAAGAGAAAGCCACCCCGACCUGUGAGGUCACAGGUCAGCUGCCUAACAACCUCACCAAACACAGAAGGUGAACGAAAACACUCC